CUGCUGUUACUGCUGCCUUAGAUAACCCGAGCUUCCAAAGCCAUUGCUCAUCAGAGAUCCAGGUACAAUGUGCCAUCUCUGGAAACUCUCCUUACUUCAGAUCUUUGUAGAUAUCCAUGUUAUAUGCCUCUUACCACACCACCCAAACAUUCCAUGUUAUCUGCAACAGCUGUCCUCAAGUCUACAGCGAUGAAGUGCAGAGUAGAAUUAUCGCUGAGAUUCUCAAUAAAGUAGCUCAGAACCUAAAUGCUGCAAGUAGUACUCCUUGCUAAUCUAAACACUGACUGUGUACUUUGGGAGGUAUUUGAGCAUUCUCCACUUAAUUCUGGCAUUGCUUUCUAGAGAUUCCUGCAGCAGAGUGUCCUUUCAAUUACAAAUCAAUCACAAACUAGGCAUGGUCUGCUCCAAGUUCUUCUGUGACUGUUCUAUAAUUCUUUUCCAAUUCAUGAAACGUACAUUGCAUGAUGAAUCACAUCAUUAGGUACUUAUCUAAGUAAUAUUAGGAAUAUAAGGAAAAUAUUAGGCACAUUGACUUGGACUGCAACCAAAGUGUCCUGUCAAAUUUAGAAAUUGACACAAUUUCAUACAGAAAUGAUAUCAACUGCAAAUUACUCCACGUAAAAUCAAUUUUGAAUCACACUGCACUGAAGCAAAAGAAGUGCUGCAUGACCUAUUUUCCAUCUCCUGAAUCUAGGAAAUAUAAGUUUGACAGCCAGUUUUCCAAACUGGAUGAUCCAACUGGCCUACAUCAAGCAUUAAUUCUAAAUCAUGUUCAGCCUGAUGGCAAACUGCUGUAUCUGGGCUCGGAAAGUUCAGGAGCCGAUAAGGAAUGUCACUUUGCUGAUCCUUGGACUGAGUAAUGCAGGGAAAACUUCAAUACUCAAAGGAAUACAGAAAGGAAUCUGUAGGAGAAUAUUGCCCAUAAUUUCCUGCAGGUCGACAGGACUUUCGGUGAAAUAAUGUCAUCACAUAAGUAAAGGGAUGGAAGCAGAACAGAUCCCAUCAACAAGUAGGAGAAGAAAUCACACUACUGUCUUGGCCAGAUCUGUCAGUCUUCAAGCACACACGGUUAAAAAUGUGGUCGCUUGGCAUUGACCUUCUUCGAGCUGCACAAUCUCCUUUUCUCCUUCGUCCAAAUGGCGGAUUUUCCAGGACAGAUCUCAUGGUAGAUCGGUUUAAUCUGACGUUAUUUGAUCUUGGCAGUGGAGAGAAAAUCCGACCUGCUUGGAAGAAUUAUUACUCUGCAGUCCAUGGCUUUAUUUUCAUUGUUGAUUCUACGGAUGUGAAGCGAAUAGAGGAAGCUGGAAAGGUUCUAUCAGAAGUAAUGAAGCAUGAAAAGAUGUCUGGGAAACCUGUCCUCGUACUUGCAAACAAACAGGAUAAAGCUGAGGCUCUACCAGAGUUUGCCAUUAUUGAACAGAUGUCCCUGGGGAAACUGGCUAAUGAAAAUAAAUCCUUCUGCCAUCUUGAACCGUGUUCAGCCACUCUGGACUACGCUGAAAAAAGACUAGACAAAACUAUUCUGAAAGGGCUUCGCUGGCUCUUGCGUACUAUCGCCAAAGACUACAACAAUUUGUGCACACGGGUGCACCAUGAUACCAUGCUACCAAAGAUCAAAGUAAAUGAAAAAUGCGAGGAAACACACCCAAUAUGUAGCAUACAAGGAGAAAGAAAAAGGCACACCAGAGUUGGUUUAGAGAAACAAAAGAGUCACCAUCUGAAAGACAUUGAAGACACAACUCCGGCAAAGAUCAACUCAUCUAAGCGGUUAAGUAAUGUCAUCAAUGCUCAGAAUGAAGAAAAAAUCAAGAAUGCUUUCGUGACCAAGAAAAAAAAGAAGAAAAUAAGGUUUUCUGGCAGCAAUCUGAGUUUAUCUCGAACAAAGAGGCUGAUGAGUGGAAACACUACUUCCUCAGACACAACUAACAAUACUAUUGUAUCCAGCAAAGGGAGGAAUGAGAGGGAUAGAAGUAUCAUUCAGUUGGAUAAUUCUCACCAAGCAGAAAAUAAAACACUGAUGCCAAACUCUGGGAACACAGAAGCUAUUAAAGAUUCUGAAAAGAAAAAUAAGGGGAAGAAAAUAAAGAUGAAAUGCAAAAACAAGAUCAAUUCAGCUGACCCUGACGAUGAUUUUUCCAAAAAUGUGGAUUUAACAGCACCUCUGGAUCUUUACAGGAAAGCACUCCUUGCAUUAAAGACCAGACCUCGAGCUAACAACUGAACAAUCAAUUCAAUGUGUAUUCUGAUGAGCUGGGUUCUUCACUCACUUGAUAUUAUUGCAUUGUAUCAACUGGAGCUGUCAUUUAAAGUCCAUGCUUUCUUGAACAUUGUUGGACAUGUAUAGGUACAACGGGUGGCUGUCAGCUAAUGCGUUAAAUUUUAUUUUCACUGGCAUCGUGAGAAAAUAUUGACAAAUUAUGGAACUUAAUAAACAAGAUCUUUAACAGU